AUCCUAUACAUUGUAUCUAUGAUCUAGAAUGCUCUUGUUUGCAAAGUCUCAUAGUGAACGAAUGUUACUUAAUUCAUCACUAUUUGUACCAAACGUACGAUAAGUUAAAGAAAAGCAUAAAAUAAUAAUAAUUAAAAAGAAAAUUCUUAAAAAAAUUCUUAGAAAAAUUCCAGCGCAGAAGAUUGAUCUCUAAUCCUAGUUACCUGCGGGUGCACCCCUUCCCCCAACCGUUCACCGACGUACAACAUCGUCUCCAGCGUCGUCGUUGUCGUCGUCGCCGUCGUCGUCGUCGUCGUCGUCGUUGGUUCCUCUCCAGAAGCGCGUAUUCCGCGCAAGCUCACGCCGUUACUAUUGAUCGAGCAUUUCGUCCGAUGGUCGCCACGGAAUACCACCAACGGUCCGCACACCGUAAAUAUUCGUUCAGUGCGCCGUGGCCGUGUGACAUACGCGGAUAAAAGCGUCCAAAUAACGUGAGCGAAACGUGGCCAAACAUGGUCGGAGGAGUGACGGAGGACGGACCUCUUAUUCGACCCGUCGGCGUCGAUUCGGUGUCGACGACAACGGUAGUGGUGCUAUGCAUCGGCGCCGCUUGUCUACUUUGCGCCGUCGCGAUGACCUGGUGGCUCUGUCGACGACGUCGCGAGCACACCAAGCUGAAUUCCGACAAGUCCUUGGCGUUCAGACCUCCCCACAGAAAACCAAAGGCGGUUAAGAGUCCUGGCAGCACCAGCCACUAUCUGAAGAAGAGUCCAAGUCCCACGGGACCAGCCAAGAGCCCCCCAGGCUCCGGGGGGCAGACGCCAAGUCCUACUGGGUCGCAAUCGUCGAAUCCCUACUCGCAGCCAAGGACUCCUCAGGGCUCAGGCACACCGGCUCAAACGCCUUCGGGUGAUGUCACCCUGACCAUCGCGAAUGAACGCGACAAGGCAGAAAUCGAGAAUAACGAGAAGGUAGAACGCGAGAAGAACCACACCUCGGAAAACAACAAGGACAACCUGGGCCAGCUGGUGUUCAAGUUGCGGUGCAUAAGCGAGAAGAAUCACACGUCGGAGAACAACAAGGACAACUUGGGCCAGCUGAUGUUCAAGCUGCGGUACAUAAGCGAGCAGAACGCACUUGGAGUGACCGUGGUUAAUUGCAAAGGGCUGCCAGCUAGGGAGCAGAACGCCACCAGCGAUCCUUAUGUUAAAUUGAAGCUGCUGCCCGAUAAAAAGCACCAAGUGAAGACGAGGGUCCUGAGAAACACCAGGGACCCUGUCUACGACGAGGACUUUACGUUCUUCGGGAUAUCCAAGGAUCAGCUACAGAAAAUCAGCCUGCACUUCAUAGUACUCAGCUUCGAUAGAUAUUCCCGGGACGAUGUUAUCGGCGAAUUGACGUGUGCACUCUCGUCGGUGCCCGGUUUGGACAACGUUGAUAACCAGGAGAUAUCGUUGUGUCGAAAAAUUUGUCCUAGAAGCUUGAAGAUUCAAUCUCAAGGCAGAGGAGAGCUGCUGGUCUCCCUCUGUUGGCAACCGAACAACAGCCGACUGACAGUGGUCGUGCUGAAAGCACAGAAUUUGCCAAAGAUGGACGUGACAGGCUUGGCAGAUCCAUACGUAAAGAUCUAUCUUCUCUACAACAAUCAGCGCAUCGACAAGAAGAAGACGCGCGUGAAGAAACGCACCCUCAGCCCGGUAUUCAACGAGUCCUUCGUUUUCGACAUACCAAAUGGAGCCGAUGGUCUUAACAACGUCAGUCUUGAAUUCAUGUUGCUCGAUUGGGAUCGCGUUACAAAGAACGAGGUGAUCGGACGGCUGGAGUUCGGCGGUCCAGAUUGUCAAGAUUCAGCGUCGAAUCAUUGGAGAGAAGUCUGCAGCUCCCCGCAGAGGCAGAUAGCUGAUUGGCACAAAUUAAGGGAGUAACUACCAUUUCCCAGCCCUUAUCGAUUCUCCUGAAAUCCCGUCUCCAAACUAUCCUGAAAGCCCCCCUCCCCCCCUCCCCAAACAUUCUUACCCCCCUCAUUGUAAAACCACCGAUCCAACCCCUUGAAACCCUACGAUGAAGUGGGGUAUCUGUUUUGUAAACCUAAUACUCGAUGUAUAUUAGGCUUGAAGCGAGUGGCGACACGUCCACCCGCGAUCGAUGCGACUGCGUAUGCACACCGAAAGGAUCUAGUCGCUUUACGCGUGGGCCUCAAGCGUGAAACGUUUCCGAGCGGAGACGAUCAUCGAUUCGCUAACGAACACCCACGCGAUUCAUGCUACGAACUAGAACGUUUCUAUUUUCACGUUCGUUCGGGGUGCUUUAUUAUCGUCGAGAAUUAUCAUCCGUUUCGACAAAUGGGGAAAUUUCGCGGGGGUGAAAUAGCGCACUCUGCCUAAUCGACACCCCGAUUUCGAGAAGUUUGAGACACUCGUUUGAGAAAUUACGAGGCAUCCAGCAAACAGGUACGAGAACCGAAGUAAACACCGGGGGAAACCUUUUCCGAUUCUGUGGACAUAGCUGAACGGAGUACAGCUCGCGAAGAGUUUGCAUCCGAAGUCGAGGCGUAAGAGAUCCCAAAAAAUCUCGUAAGGAAAUUAUUCCGAGUUCUAGCAACUGUCGUGUUCGUAACAGCUUCUGGACGAACGGAAUCCCCCUCGACACCCCAAAAUGCAAACUUCUUGCUCGCGAGUAGUACUCGUCAGCCGACUUGUUCCAAUCGAUCGCAGUGGCAGACGAUCGCGGGCAAAACGCAUACAAAAUGCUUUACGAUAUAAAUAUAGUUGUUAAGAUUUCCGACCAGAUGGCAAAGAGAGGAGGAAGACGAAGCAGUUAACUAUGAAACGAUCGAGCGCAUCUGCCGAUCGUCGGAUACUACUGUCGCGAGCACAGGGUUACGUGCUUCCGAGGGAUCGUUGCUUUUCGAGCGAGAAUUUCAAGACAUGGUCCUUGAUGUUCGCGUCGCACUGUCGUGUUGCACACAUUAGACCGUCGAGGCUGAAUUCGUCGUUUUUAAGAUUUUAAAUGAUACGCGCGUACGCACUCGAGUCGAGUAGGUCUUAAACACGUAACAAUUCCAUCGGGAGUAAUCGAUUUAUCUAGCAAGCGAUGAUAGAACGCGAAUGUAAACGCGUUGAAUUUCGCGUGUAAGUUCGUCGUUGAAGCGAAAAGAUUCCUGACGAGGAAUACGACAAAUGAUCUCAAUGACAGAAAUUCAAGGCUAGUAACUGAAUACGUUUAUGUAAGCAAUUGUAUACCGAUCAGUGGUUCUCAAUUGGAAUAAUAAACCGUGUAACUAACUGC